AUAUAUAGGGCAUAACCAGUGACAAAAGAAUAUAUAGCAGCGCAAAACAAUGGGCAGUGCAUUUUCUGCCCUAUUCGGCCGCGGGUCCACCGUCGCCGAAGGGUCGUCGGAGAGUUUACACGUGUUGCCGUUCCACUCGUCGGAGCGCUGGCAGCUACACUUCAACGAGGUCAAAGAGACCUCUAAGCUCGUUGUGAUAGAUUUCACGGCGUCGUGGUGCGGCCCUUGCAGAUUCAUAGCUCCGGUAUUUAACGAGAUGGCCAAGAAGUUUAGCAACGCUGAGUUUGUCAAGAUCGAUGUCGACGAAUUACCUGAUGUGGCUAAGGAUUUUAAGGUGGAGGCGAUGCCGACGUUUGUGUUGUGUAAGAAAGGAAAAGAAGUUGAUAGGGUUGUGGGCGCCAGGAAGGACGAGCUCCAGAACAAGAUUCAGAAACAUUAUCAAUAAAACGUGGAAUCAAUCACCACAUGCCAUGCUAGCUAUUCAAACAAGCCUAUGUAUUCAGCUAUGUUAUAUAUGUGUGUCUAUCUAUCUUUCUUUUCAAGGGAAAAAAUAUAGAAAAAAAAAUAAAGUACAAGGCUUGUGAUGAUGAUGAUGAAGUUGUACAAUUUAAACUUAUUGGGUUUUAUGUUUCUUCGCCAAGAUGAUGUUUGUUUCAGUUAUAUAUAAUUUUCCAAAAUAAUUUCUCACUC